UAUGGACAAUGUAAUGUCGUGUUGUUUUUGUGAUACUGCUGCUAUUAAGUUACAUCUCACGUGUGUAUUCAUUUUCAUUUAGUAUUUACAAAAAGCUUCACUGCUCCAGAACGGUGAAAGAAACCCUUAGUGACAGGUGUGUUAAGGAGAAAACAAUCUCUUUAAUACACCAUCAAUAAUUCCAAAUAAUUCCAGUCUUUUAUUUUGCACCCGGGGCAUGAGACGAAUGUGCUGUAGGCAAGAAAUAAUGGCGGUCUAUCUCAACUAAAAUCUGUUCCGUGGCCCAGUGUUCAUAUUUAUGCUUCAAAUGACAUCUUCAUCAAGCUACGGUAACAUUCAGCUUCGGUAAAUGAUUGAUGCUGGUCAAGGUUGCGGUGGAUCUGGAACCUAUCCCUGGAAUGCUGAGGCUCUGCUUGGAUGCCAGGGCAUCAGACACACACACACACACACACACAAAAACACACACACGCAUUCACACCUAGGGGCAAUUUAAUGUAGCCAGUCUAUCUAUCGGGAUGUUUUUGAGAAAUGAGAGGAAACCCACACUGACGGGGGAACACCGUGAGAACAGCUCAUCAUCAGGUAUACACUUCUCCAUCCAUCCAUCCAUCCAUCCAUCCAUCCAUUUUCCAUAGCGCUUAUUCUACACAGGGUCACGGGGAGCCUGGAGUUUAUCCCAGGGAACUCAGGGCACAAGGCGGGGGACACCCUGGACGGGUGUUAAUCCAUCGCAGGGUACAAUCGCACACACACACUCCACAAUUUGGAAACCAGCCUACAAUGCACGUCUUCGGACUGGUGGAGGAAACCCUCCGAAGCAUGGGGAGAAAGUUCAAGCUUGGAUAAAGUGGGAAAAUUGUGUGCGUCCGAAUUUUCAAAGAACAAAGACCCCAUUCAUGUGGUGUGUGUGUGUGUGUGUGUGUGUGUGUGUGUGUGUGUGUGCAGGUUUGAUACUAUCAGCUGUAACUCAAUAGUGAAUGUGGCUUCAUGGAGGAGCCAACUCAUUUUAAACACUGUGUGCGACUAUAACAAGAUAGAAGAAUGAAUCGGCGUAAAAUACAAACAAACAAAAAACCACAAGAAAACCCACAAUUUGCCAAGUCAUCACAUCGCAGACUUCGCCCUCGGUGUAGAAAUGUUUCGAUACGGUUUGACGGCUACGGAGUACUUCUCUUCUUCGUCCAGGAGAAAAAGAACGUCUCUCGUCCUUUAGAGUUGGGAGAGAAGCACAGAAAGCCUCUGAGGGCGUCACUCACAGCAGCCAAUCACAAUCCAUCUCAGAUAAUUAGUGAGCAAUCAUCAUCAGUCCUGGUCUCCUCUAUCAGUGCUCAGAAUCUUUGUGUCCAAUCAAAGGCUCUGGUGCUGUUCCCAAGACCCCUCCCUGUGUCCCAACUUCAUCCUCAGCCUGAACACCGAAUCAACAACGAGGUCAAAGGUCAAACGCUUGUUUGAAAAACAUGACCCAGCUGCAUCAUCAGGGAAAUAUUUAAUAUUUAACUGUUGGAGGGUUUUUUUAUUUUACGACUUUCGACUCUGAGCAGGACGAAGAGGACCUGAUUGAGAACAUGACCGCUCUUCACAGCGAGCGCAACAUUCGGGCUAAGAUCCAUGAAUUUGAGAGACAGACAGUCACUGACGAGCUCAGCACCCUGACGACCCGACCCCGAAACGCGACGCGGCCAGCCGUGGCACCGAAGCCCUCCAUGACUCGGAGAGCCUCCGUCAGCAGCACCACAGAAGAAGAACCAUGCACCGACAGCACUCCAGUGCCUCCAUCUCCACCCCUGAGAACACAGAUGCCUAGAAAACCCUCACUAAACUCCAGCAAUCAGUUUAAACCCCAACCUCUGAUUAGACCUCCUCCUCAGCUCCCGUCUCGACCCUCGCUGCGCAGAACCAGAACUCUAAACUCCCAGGACGAGGAUGCCGCUUUCAACACUCCUCCGUUUUCUCCACGUACGGCCCAUAACGGCCAGCAGAACGUCAACAAUCACGGCAGAACCAAAGAGAACGAAUACGUGGACGCUCCUUUUAGCCACGUUCUCUCCAACCUGAACCACGCAGCCUCUUUCACCAGCGAAGGGAGCCGCAAACCGACCAUCAUCAGAGCUCCCGGCAAACAGGAACAGGAAGUGUCCGAUGGGUUCCCUCGUGCGUUUCCUGUUCAGAGAGCUAUAGGAGGCCCUCCACCUUCCAUCGGACGCAAGGGCUCGUUAAGUAGAGCGUGUGAGCCGGUUCUGCCUUCACGCCCUGCUGGGGGUAAAAGGCUGCCCCGUCAUCCUCCUAAAGCUGCCCCGGGACGCCCUCCUCCGCCGCGGAGAGACAGCAUCCAGCGUAACUCCAAGCUGAGGCAUAAUUUGUCGAAGAAAGCGCCUGUGCUUCCUCCAAGACCUUAUCCCGGACAUUGCCUGUACAACCAGUACACACUGGAAAUCCCUCACGCCAUCGCCGAUCACGACUACAACGGCACACACACUGGAGAGCUCUCCUUUCAGAAAAACGAAGUGCUGGUUCUGCUGAACCAAACCGACAGCCGAACGUUCGAGUGCCAAGUAGGAGACGCGAAAGGAACGGUGCAGAAAUCUUACAUGAAGAUCAUCACGCCGCUUUCGAACUACUCCCAUUACGACGCCAAUCCGGCGCCGCAGGAGAGCACUUCAGUGGAAAACGGCAUUCUGCAGGUUCAAGCACUUUAUGACUUCACUCCAGAGGGUCCUGGAGAACUCGGGCUGAAGGCUGGAGACAUCAUUAAUAACGUAGAGCAGACAGACAUGGAGUGGUAUUUGGGAUCGUCCAGAGGGAUCACGGGCUUCUUCCCCGUUAACUACGUCAAAAUUCUGUCCAGACAGCCUGCAGCUGCACCUGCGUCUGCGCCUGCGCCUGCGCCUGCUACACCUCAGAAAGUCAGCGGCCUGCGGUGUGUUGCGAGGUUUGACUUCGAGGGCGAACACAGCGAUGAGCUCUCGUUUACCGAAGGCCAAGUGAUCAAACUCCAGGACUACGUUGGAGAGGACUGGGCUCGCGGCGAGAUCGGUGGCCAUGUUGGAAUUUUCCCCAUCAGCUUUGUGGAACUGAUGGAGGAUCUUCCACCUUCACCUGCAAAGAACCAGACCAGGGUUCCUCUGUCUGGGAUGGCUGCCUCAAACAACACGCAAGCUGCUGCUUCAACACGUCAUCAGGAGUACGCAGUUGAGCGAGUCAAGGCUCUGUAUGACUUCACGGCGGAGACGGAUAAAGAUCUGUCGUUCCUGAGAGGUGACGUGAUCGAAGUGAUAGAACACACUGAUGAAGAAUGGAGUUAUGGAAGACUGAAUGGCAAAGAGGGGUUAUUCCCUAUUUCCUUCACACAGACACACACAGGAGGUUCCUCACUCCGAUAACCGGUGGAGCAGACGGGAAAAAGCACAGAGGAACAAACACAACCAGCUGCCAUGUAUAAACAUGAUUUGUAAUUAUUAUGUGUAUGAAUUUCUGGAUCCUUCUUUGGGUGAAACUGAACGCUGUUAUUGUGUAGUCUGGGUGCAAGAUUUAUAAAUGUGAUUUCUUUUCCCCCCUUUCAUUAACACCGUUUCAGUUUACACACACACACACACACACACAAAACCCAUAUAAGAGAGCAGUGUGUUAGGGUGUCUGGUUCAUUUACUGAAUAUAUUGUACUUUUUGGAUUUGAAUAGAAAAAAAUUAAAAUUUCCAGCAAAUGAUAUUUGUCUUUACAGCAUUCAGUUCUGGACUUCAAUCUGAUGUGUAGUACAACCCUGAUAUAUACUGUAUAUUUCACCAUUUAACCGCUACAUGCAAAAAAAAAAAAGAAAGAAAAAGGGAAAGUGUUUGUAAUUCAUUCAUUUGAUAAAUUCAACAUUUAUAUAUCACAAGUCCUUUUUACUAAAAAAAUAAAAAAUGUGAAACUGUUAAGCAGA